GGCCAGACUGCUCCGAGCUCCCCGCACAUCCCUCACCGGGGAACUCCCCAUUCCGGUACUCACCGCGCUGCCUCCGUUCCGCCCAUCACCAUCACCCGCAGGGACGCCAGGGGAAGUUUCUCCAGCCCAGUCCUGCUCGGAUGGGCGGGAAGAAAGGAAGAGGCCACGGGGGUAAGGAGGGGCAGGUUGCUGUCGGGGAGAGGAGGGCGGCCACGGAGGCUGUCCCACACCAGGCUGCGGGGGUGGGCCACUCCUCCCCUUCGCCCCGGUGUUUCCCACCCACUUAUCCACCCCGCUCCCCCUCAUCCCAUCUGCCAAACGCUAGUAGAAUGAGCCUGAGGAGGACUUUCAGUCGAUAACCCUACACUAACCCGAUUCUUUGCCCUUCACUUCCUGCUCCCAUUCGUCAUCGUACGGCUUACAUUAGUCCACCUCACCUUCCCACACGAAACGGGCUCAAACAACCCAUUAGGCAUUCCCGCAGUCUGCGACAAAAUUCCAUUCCACCUAUACUACUCCACAAAAGACAUCCUAGGGUUCUCACUCGUACUCAUCCCGCUCGUCUCCCCAGCCCUAUUCUCCCCCAGCCUGCUAGGGGACCCAGAAAACUUCACACACAAACCCACACCACCUCACAUCAAACGCGAAUGAUACUUCCUAUUCGCAUACGCCAUUCUACGCUCUAUUCCAGACAAAAUGGGAGGAGUACUAGCCCUAGCUGCCUCCGUCCUAGUCCUAUUCCUAACCCCACUACUUCACACACCCCAACAACGCUCACUAACCUUCUGACCCCUCUCACAGAUCCUAUUCUGAACCCUAGUUGCUAACCUACUUAUCCUAACCUGAGUGGGAAGCCAACCAGCCGAACACCCA